GCUGGGAGCAGCCGAUUUCCGUUGAUGUCGAUGAGCACUUUGGUGCAAUCGGCGGCGAGGACGAGGAGGUCGUCGCGGGAGUGAAAGAUGUCCAUUUCGACAAAGCGGCAUCGGGGGUACGUUUCCUUGGCAAUUUGAAUCGAGUCGUGUGACUUGUCGACGCCAAUGACUUUCGACGGCCCGACAAUGUCCGCGACCAAGUCCACCGUGAUGCCGAGAUCACAACCAAUCUCGAGGACGAUGUCCGACGACGUGAUUUGAGUACGUGCAAUCCGACGGUAAUGGUCGGUCGUCGCAGUCACGAUUACGCCAACUUGCUUGCAUGCAUUGCCUCGGCUCACCGCCUGACACAGACGCGGCAUCAAACGGGCAGGAUUUGCAUGGUAUGUCGACCCAUCCCCGUACUCAAUCUUCACACGUCCAGGGUACUGAGGAGGUGCGAUAUCGACGACUUUGCCUCGUGCAAAGAGCCGACCGGCACCGCUCGACGUGGCGUCCGUGACGUUGGCUUUGCCUCUGCUCGCAGAAACAUAGACUUCUUCGGACACGUGGAACGACGUGCAUGUGAGCGGGAUGGCAAGAGGGUACUCAAUGAAGUCAUGUUUCUUUGCCAGAGCCGCCAACUUCUCCAGCGCCAGCGCUUGCCUCGAUGGAUCCGACCCAGUUCGUUGCGCCAUGGCGACGAUUGGCGUUGACAGCACACACUAUUUCAGUAUAUCAUGGUAACACUAUUUAUGGCUAUGUCACACUAAUUCCCCCCACUCCCU